ACACAUUUUUUAAAAAUUAUUAAAACACAUGCAUCAUCGAGAGUUGAAGUGGGGGGGGGCGAUCUCCUCCAUUUUCACUGAGACGUUUACGCCCCUGUAGUCUACUUGUGUUUUAUUUUAAAAUUACGUUUUUUUUCUCCGAUUCUGACUUCGAAGUUGAUUCUAUUCUGGAACGAUUCUGACCUUGUUACGUCUAUUCUGGAACAACUCUGGAGUGUACGCUGUGACUGUAAUUCUUGGAGUGUUUAGCAGUAAGUUGGAGAAAUGGAUUACUCUGUUUAUAUCAUCGGUUUGUUUGUGACUUAGUUGAAGUUAUAGACUUCACAUAAAUCACAGAAACCAUGGAUACAUGAUUCAUAGAUACAUGGAUCACAAAUACGUUGACCACAGAUUCAUUGACCACAUAUACCACGAAUACAUAAAGAUUCUUGAGAACCUUGAGGCUAGCACUGAACUCCUGAGGAAACUGUUUAAGAAAACGUGUAGAGGCAUUCUGGGUUAUUUCUAAAUCAUUUGUUGGGUUUAUUUAGAAUUUAUUCAGAAUGAAUCAAACUCUCUAAACAGUGAACCUAAAAAAGUAUAUAGUGGACAACUGAACUUCACUAUAAACAUCACAUAUGCAAAGAAUCAAGGUCUGAAAGAGAAAAUCAAUUCUAUUGCAUCAAUUUCUGAAAGAUAAUAUCAAUUAUAUAACAUCAAAUUCCGAACAGGAACAUUAAAUAUAUCGAAUUCUGAGAGAAUAUGCAACAUUGAUUACACCACAUGAAAUUCUGAAAAAAGAACUUAUUUAAAAUGUCUCUGAAAUAAUCCGUUUUGGUGUUUGUGAUUAGGCUUUUCUUAAUAAAUAUUCAUCUUGAUACUGUAAAAUCCUAAAGAAACGGAUUUAUUAAGAAUGUUUUAUUGACGAAAGUCAGAUUUGUAGUUCUGUGUAGUAUUUUUGUUUCAAUAACAAAGUAUUCAUCACAACAAAAUGAAGAGCGUUGAGGUGCCCGACGAGCACGUUGAUGAUUUGAAAAACUGGAGAUUAAUUGUCAAUGCUACGUGUGAGUAUAUAAUGGCCACGGAGACUAUUCCUCAAGAUGGUGUUUACUGUCCAAUUGUGUUAGAUGUUGAUAAUCUUGUUUGCAUCAACUUUACCAGAGCCGGAGAGUAUUCCUAUGCAGACUGCCCGCCCAUCUGGGAUGCUGAGGGUGGAAAGGUCAGGCUGUUCUGUGAGUCCAAUGGGACCUGGAGGACACAUUCUAACAGUCCUAAGCUCUCCGUCGAUACUCAAGAGUGUGAUCGGGUCGAUACAGAGGACACUAGCCAUCUGUACGUGUACAUAGUUGGUGCAAGCGUCUCCUUGGUGCUGCUGAGUAUCUCGCUUAUCAUAUUUCACGGCUUUAGGCAACUGAGAUGUGAUCGCAUCACUGUCCACAAAAACUUGUUCAUCAGUUUCUUUUUGAACACCUGGUGCUGGUUGAUAAUGUAUCGGUUCGUCUCUAUAGGAGACGUCACUCUUAGGAAUCCGAUGUGGUGUCAGGUCCUCCAUGUGGUGGCCCACUACUUUGUACUGACCAACUUUGCCUGGAUGUUCUGUGAAGGCCUCUACCUGCACUUCAUACUGGUCAGGGCUCUGAGGACCGGAAAGGUUUUGAUCAAGUGUCUCAUCGCUUGUGGCUGGGGUCUGCCGUUUGUCAUCGUAAUUAGUUACGCUUUAGCUCGAGGAGUGGACGAGGAGAGAAGAGCCCACUGCUGGAGCAAGGAGGAUAUUAUGAUGAACAUUAUAAGUGUUCCAAUCUACGUCACCACAGCGGUGAACACUUGUCUAUUGAUCAACAUCAUUUGGCUGCUGCUGACCAAAUUGCGUCAAAUCCCGGACGCAAGCCAAAGCAGCAGGAUGGCCGCCAAGGCCAUUUUGAUUCUAGUGCCACUGUUCGGUCUACAAUUUCUGUUGAUGCCAGUUAGACCGGAAUAUGGGACUGUUUACUUCCAAAUAUACCAGCACUUCAUGUCUCUGAUUACGUCAUUACAGGGUGCCAUGUUGUCCUGUAUCUUCUGCUUCUUUAACGGGGAGGUGAGGUCACUCCUACGGCGCAAGUGGCAAGAGCAAUGGAUCAUGUCGGACAAGAGGCGAAAGAACACUGGUAACACGUCUUCGACCUUUAUUGAUGGCUACUCGAUGGUGGACACUACCCGUGACCUCACGAGUCCUAAGAGCAAGACUGUAUUUGACCAGGCGAAUACAUCAGAAAUGUUGGAACUCCAGACUUCCAAUCAAGUCUUCAUCCCCUUGGUGGACAACAAUGGUGACCUUAGUCGUGGACAUGAAGACUAGCAGCCAUAAGAAUAUUUAAAUAAAUUUCUUAACGCCGUUUACCAAUCUGAUGACGUGAAAUAUUUGGUAAAAAGACUGGAAAGUGUAAAACACGUUUCCAAUGGUUCUAACUAUGGGGAAUAACCAGUAAAAUGUUUUUUUCUACUGAUAAAUUCUUCAGUGCUCUCCCUUACACUGAAGCAUUCCUGAUAAGUAUUCGUCUCAAACUUUUAAUACAAUGGAGUAUAGUCCCCUUAGGGUUGGGACAUAAAACAAAAGACGAGACAUUUAACCAAGUUACUUGUUUAUAUUCUCUGUCAUGUAAUUCAACAUACAUCACGUGAUUUGUAAUGGUUGACUCUAUGUACAUUUUUGCGAUUCGGCCCAUCUUUUUUUUAUUUUUAGGAAACAUGUGCCAUAAUCUUUGUACUAGUGUAUGUUUGAGGUAGGAAAGUCUUAUAUGUUUUAAUUUACUCAUUUUGAAACAGUCUGUGACUAAUUUGAAUGUGAUCAUCUGUUGUUGUUAGACAAAUAUAUUGUAUAUAGUAGUUUUUGUUUUAUAUAUUUUUCGUCAUGUAAAGAACUAAAUAAGCAUGCGAAGGAGAAUGGGCUCAAUGCGGAAUGAAAGGGACUUCUCUUUAUAGAACAGGAGAAAAAACAAUCACAUUGACCCAAUCAGUGUGAGACUCAACAGGUCACAUGCAUAGCAUACUGGAAUCAAAGGUCUGACUUUGUUACUAUUCAAAUACGGAGGAUUUUUCCACUGUUACUUGAUAUUGGGACCCAUCUUAUCAAUCCUUUAGCGAUAUGUAUAUGUUUGUAGAUUUGAAUGUUAUUAGAUCUAUAUAGUUAUGUUUUGUUAAUUUUUUUUGGGGGGGGGGGGGG